AUGGAUUCGGACUCCCAAUCAUACAAAAAACCAGGCGGGAAACUCGUUGAGCCCGCCGUCCUCUGUUUAGUUGGUCAAUCUGUCCUCACUGAGGCUGCAACUCCAACCCCACUUUACCAAGUCAACAGCGACAUCACGUCAAUCUCAAACAAAGGCUCGUCCGUGACGCUUGAAAGAGUCGAGCACGAUGUACCUGAGAUCGAGAGCGUCACUGCUGGCACGCCGCAAAAGCGGCAUCUUUUCUAUCUCGCACACCCUGCGAAUGCUCAAUACCGAACCGACAUACCUGCUAAGUAUUACAUCACUUCUGCAGUACCCGACAUGGUGGGCAAUAUUCGCCUCGAAACUUCCGAGGCACGGCUCCAAAGGACAUCCUUCAAAGCGAUGUUAAGCCCGAAGAAAACGGCCUCGGAUAAGCCAUUGUUCGACGAGGGCACACAACAAGUCCUAUUGUUUGAUAUCCACUCAGAUUGGAAAGUCGGUCGCAAUUGCUAUAAGUGGAGCGAUUGCAAUGGCAGACAGGUCGCUAUUGAAGAAAAGGAGAAUGACAGAUAUCGUUUAUCCAUUACGAAGAGUAUGCCGCAGGAGUUGAGGGAUGUACUGGUUGCUACAUGGCUGUUACGGCUGUGGUAUGACACGGCCGAGAGUAAACAAGCUAGAAGGCACUUCUUUGAGAGCAUGACAUCGCCAGAAGCAUAUCAAGAGAGCAUGAAGCCAUAUAUUCCAAGGCAGUGCAUAAUCAUGUGA